GCAGCAAACACAUCCUCAUCUUAUACGGAUCCGUAUUUCUGUGGUGUUCAGUAAAUCAUACGACUUACGCACCCACUUUUGUCUGUCAACCUGAUUCACCGACCGUUCAUUGCAAGAAGUUGUUUGCGGCGAAUUGCAACAUUUUCCCAUCUGCCGAUGACAAGGCUCAUUUGCAUGUGACGAAGGUCCAUUUGCGUACAUAGGAUCCAUUAUUAACCCACUAUGUAGCAAGGGCGACGAUCGGCAGUACCACUCGACACCCUGACCUGAUGACAAAGUGAUGUGGCACAAAUACCUUGUCAUAUUUGCCUGCACGGUGGUAGCGGUGUCCGGUCCUUGGAGAGGCUGUUGGCGUUUUUCAAAAUCCUGCAGGAGUUAAUCUCAUCUUGAUACUGAGGUCUUUACACGCUUUCAAAUUAACAGUCAGCAGGCCAGGAAUGGUUUGAGAGGGUUAUUCGUACGAGAAGUCAUGAAGAGGACUAGGGAGACCCUGGCAAGGAUUGCCCGUGCUACAACGGGCUCGCCUACGGAUCCAGAUCGCAUCUCAAAUUUGUCGAUCCGCCCAUCAAGUCAAAAAAAUUUCGACAAAAACGACGAGAACCCCAUUCUAGCUCGAGAUGCAACAGGCCCGCUGGUGUUGCUCGAUACCGUCGAUUAUGGCAAUCAGGGAGUGGAUGUUGUGCUUGUCCAUGGCCUCUUCGGUCAUCGCGUUCAGACUUGGACUAAAUCUGGCAUAUUAUGGCCGAGAGAUCUAUUAAAGCUUGACAUGCCAACGUGCAGAGUUAUUGCGUGGGGGUAUGCGCCUCCCACAGCAAAGAUUGAUACUUUCUCCGACCUCGCUGAGCGGCUUUUGAGUGACAUAUCGAAGCUACAGUCUGGCACAUCUCGCCCCAUCAUUUUCAUCGGCCAUGGAAUUGGUGGUCUCAUAAUUAAGGAAGCGCUUGUGACAGCUGCCAUGUCGCGCAUCCUUGGUACACAUAAUGAAGUAGGGAACAUCUACCCGAGUACCAUCGGGGUUGUGUUUCUGGGAACGCCUCAUGCUGGUAGUGGUAGGCAAAGCUUAGGAGAAGUGAUUGUCAGAACAGCUCAAAUGGGACCCCAGAUUGCAAAUAAACAGCUUCUACAACUAUUGCGCGAUAGAUCGGAAAUGUUUGAGAAUCAGCGUGAUUCGUUCAUCAAGAUAUCCAAAAAUAUUCCAGUCUUAUGCGUCAGAGAGACACUGCCAACAUCCGUUGGAUAUAUGAUACCUACAACAUCAUCGGCUUAUGAUGGAGCCAAACUCUCCAUCGAAGAUUUACACUGCCAUCAUUUUGAUCUGGCCCGGUUCUCUAGCAGAAACGAUACCGGAUACAAGCAGUUAGUGCAUCACCUAGAGAAGCUGUUACCAGCACCUACACCAGAAGAAUUGGCAGCAAGGGCAUCUAGAAAUCAACAAAUCUUGGACACGCUAUUUUUCGAGAAUAUGUCCGAUAGAGAAGAUCGAAUUGAAACGGCAUAUGGCAAAACUUGUGAAUGGAUACUAACCACCCCAAACGAAGACGGAUCACCCUCCAUCUGGCAAUCAUGGCUGGAAGACUUUGACGAUUCCAUCUUCUGGAUGAGUGGCAGAGCUGGUUCGGGUAAAUCCACCAUGAUGAAGUAUGCAUUUCAUAGUGAGGACACCAAAGACCGACUAAGAAAGUGGGCUAAUGGUGGCGACCUCAUAAUGACUUCCGUCUUUCUUUUUGAAGCAGGGAGUCAGAUUCAGAAAUCACAGGAGGGCAUUUUGCGUAGUAUUCUCUGGCAGAUACUCAGCCCAAGACCAGAAUUGAUUUACAAAGCCUUUCCCGGCUUCUUUGGGGGCUCUUGGCCCCCAGAUGAGCCAUUCAAUACCGUAAAGAACCUCAGUGAAGGGUUUUACUCUUUGUCCGCAAAGCAGUCCGAAACCUUGAAACUCUGUAUCUUUCUAGAUGGGUUAGAUGAGUAUCGCUUAAUGGACCGCAAAGACUAUUAUACUGACGAAGAUCUUGCUUUGGUAUAUGAUACAGACGACGGUGAUGCAGGGCUAGGGUCUAACAAGUGGAUUACCGAUGCACAUAAAGUUAUCACCCAGCUUAUCAAGGAGAUCGGUAGCAAGAAGGAUAGCUAUAAGAUCUGUGUCGCAAGCAGAGAGUUGCCUGUCUUCGAGGAAGCAUUCUGCGAGGUACCUCGGCUACGCGUUCAUCAGCACUCGAAAGAAGCCAUAACCCAAAUCUGCGCUACCCGCUUCGAGCUGGAGGUGUCGGGACUUUCUCAUAUAACACGUGAUCUUUGUGUUGACAUCGCAUCAAGGUCCCACGGCGAUGUUCUCUGGGCUCGUCUGGUUGCGGAUAUGUUGGUUUCUCACGAAUCGCUUCGCACUAUCAAGCAGACUCUUGAUUCAUUACCUGCGCGGCUCGGCGGCCCCGACGGGCUGUACAUGCGUAUGAUAGAGAAUCUCCAUCCAAAAGACCAGAGCGCAGCCUUUAGGAUAUUUCGGUUGGUAAUAAGAUCAAUCCAGCCGCCAUGUUUGAUCACUUUGGCAUUCGCUGAAGAAGGACAUCUCCUGGACUCGACCUUCCACGACAAAUGUCAAUCACUAACCGGAAGAGACCUUACUACCAUCAGCGCUGACAUGAAGAACCGAUUGAAGACAGCUUGUGCGGGCCUUCUAGAAGCGGAUGCAGCCCCACAAGAAUUUGGUCAGAGGGUAGUAUUCAUGCAUCAAACAGCGAAAGAAUUCGCUGUGCGCAGAGAUGUUUGGGCAAAAGUCAGGCAUGAGCCGUUUGAUGAUACCGCCGUAGACUUCUGUCUACUGAGUGGUUGCAUAACUCACCUCAAGUGUUUCGAUGCAUUACAACCAAUCUGCAUCUGGCCAAGUGUCGGGUUGAAUACCGAGACUUGGCUGCUAGUCGCAAAUGCGUUGCGUUAUGCUGCACGUAUUGACGGCGAAACGACGAACAGACAUGCUUAUCUUGAUCUAAUUGACGAGCUGGACGAAGCUGCCCAGAAAGCAUGGGUGACUGGCCUAAUCAAACAUGAGCCGCUUUUCGAUGACCCAGAUUGGUCUGAGAAAGAGUGCCCGGCGCUCUGUCGUAUGCAUUGGGCAGGCUUUGAGCCAAUGGAUACCGGCAAGUCACCGAUGCGCCCAGAUCUCUUGUCGCUUGCUGUUCAGGCAGGUCUCGCGAACUAUGUCGCGGAAAAACUGAGAAUGCUUGGCAAUGAAGCAAGGCAAGAAAAAGCGCAAGAGCUUCUCGAGUUUGCUGUCAGCCCUAAAGCCGUAGGUGUUUCGGCUUGUAUGGCUUUGAGUGGCGAUUAUACAGACUUCCACCACGAUAUGCCCGACACUAAGAUCCUGAUGGUGUUACUGGCAAACGGCGCGGACCCGCGGGCAGACAGAAGGGUGUGGGUAAAUGCUCUUAAUACUGGAACCCUUUACUUUUCUUCGCAGAGCUUGGCGAGCUCGCGCCUACUUCAUACCCGAACAAGUAAUCUUUUGAUGCUAAAUCGGCAACGAUGGGUAGCUGCUAUUAAGGCGUUGUUGCUACGUGGCGCAGACCCCCAUUUGAGCAUCCAGAUACGGCGGGGCUCCGGAGAGAAUCCGUCCGUGGAAGAGAGAACUGCCAUGACUAUCAUCAUAGACAUCUUGGAAGGGGAACCAGAUUUUGCUCUCGAGCUGCGGGAAUUGCAGGCGUUAGUGAACCAAGAUUCCCGUAAGAGCAUGGGAUCGGCUCGAGUUGCUCGAUGACAUCAACUGAUGGUUUUUGGCACAGAGACGGAGCAGACGGGUAGACAAAAACUGUUUUUUUAUUUUAUUUUUCAAUAUUGGAUAGAGUAUAAAAGAAUGGGUAUUAGCGUAUGGCAUUUGAAACAUGGCCUAUUAUAGUGUCUCACCU